AUGGAGUCUCAGCGUGGCUUCUUCCGGAAAGUGGACGUCCCAGACCACGCGCAUUACAUCGUGGCCUUUUUCGUGCUGGUCAUCGGUGCUCUGGGAAUGGUCGGAAACGCGUUGGUCAUUUUCGCCUUCUACAGCAACAAGAAGCUAAGGACUGCACCCAAUUAUUUUAUCAUGAAUCUGGCAGUCAGUGACUUCCUCAUGGCCAUCACGCAGUCCCCCAUCUUCUUUGUCAACUGUCUGUACAAGGAGUGGGUGUUUGGUGAACUGGGUUGUAAGAUGUACGCCUUCUGUGGGUCACUUUUCGGGAUUACCUCCAUGAUCACUCUGUUAGCCAUCUCCAUCGAUCGCUACCUGGUCAUCACCAAGCCCCUGCAGGCCAUUCAGUGGACAUCGAAGCGCAGGACUUCUCUGGCCAUCGUCCUGGUGUGGCUUUAUUCGUUGGCCUGGAGCCUGGCUCCUCUGGUUGGCUGGAGCUCAUACAUCCCGGAGGGCCUGAUGACAUCAUGCACCUGGGACUACGUCUCGUCCACACCCGCCAACAAGAGCUACACCAUGAUGCUCUGCUGCUUCGUGUUCUUCAUCCCUCUGGGUGUCAUCUCCUACUGCUACCUCUUCAUGUUCCUGGCCAUCCGCACAGCCAGCCGGGACCUGGAGAAGCUGGGGACACACAUGAGGAAGUCCACCCUGAUCCAGCAGCAGUCCAUCAGGAGCGAGUGGAAGCUGGCCAAGGUGGCCUUCGUGGUGAUCAUCGUGUAUGUGCUCUCCUGGGCGCCUUACGCCUGCGUCGCCCUCAUCGCCUGGGCAGGGCACGCUAAUCUCCUGUCCCCAUAUUGCAAAUCCGUCCCAGCAGUCAUUGCCAAAGCAUCAGCUAUCUACAACCCCUUCAUCUACGCGAUCAUCCACACAAAGUACAGGUGA